AUGUCGAUUCAUGAUGACGAUGAACCUGUUUCAUUUUUAUUGAUCGAUUUUGUGCCUGUGAUCACGGAUCAAAUAGAUAAGUUGAAGACAAUGUUCCGAAACCCUAAAAUUCCAUUCUCCUAUCGCUUUGAUAAUUGUAGACAAAUUGGAAAUUUAGAAAUUGAAGAAAUGACAAGGUAUGACUUUAAACUUUCAUAUCGAUAUGAUUGUUUGGUUGGAAUUACGACAAAUUCAGUUUAUAUUAUUGAUCGUAAGAUGAAAAUAUUACUGAAUAGUUUUGCUCUUGAGGGAUCAUUGAUUCAUACUUUGGAUGAUGAUCAUGAUGAGAUUUAUAAUAUUUCGCCAUCUGAAUCAAAUGCUGAUACUAUUUUACUAAACAAGUAUCAUCUUGGAGAGUUCAUUAAAGGAAAAAACCUGCCUGAACCAGUUUAUUCUUCGGAAGCUGGCUAUUCCAAUCCAUUUGGAAUGGUAGUAUUUAAUGGAAAGAAUACGAGGUUUCUGAUCGUUCUUGAUGACUUUGCAAGCCAUUUGAAAAUUACGGAUUGUGAAACUGGAUGUCUGAUAACGAAUACAAUAUUAACUAUUUCUCCAGAUGCUUGUGCUCUCGAAUUGAUUUCAAGAAGUGAAAUUAUGAUUGGAUGUUCUGGGUUGACCAGCAUUUAUGAAAUUGAUGAAAACUUAUUUGGAUUGGGGAAGGAAGCACUCAAACUCAUUGUUUCAAUGCAUACAGAAAGUUCAUCCUCAGAUUUUUAUUCGAUAGUUCAUGAUGAAUUGAAUCGAAAGAUAAUGGUUUCGGAUGCAGAAGACAACACAAUAAUAGUUCUAAGAAAAGAUGAUUUACAACUUGUCCAAAAGCAGAAAUGUAAUGAUAAUAUUUCAGGAAUGUGUUUGGAUAAACAAACAGGGGAAUUGUUUGUUUGCUAUGAAAAAGGUCUCGUUGUUUAUCAAUAA